CAGAAAAAGGAGUACAUACAUACAUACAUACAUACAUACAUACAUUAAUAUUAGUAAGACUUUUUAAAAAAAAAAAGGAAUUUGAAAUUCAGAAAAACCAGCAUGGACAAAGAAAUUGGAUUGGUAGCAUGGCUGCAUCAUCAAGCCAAGUGUUGGGCAUUAAACUAACUCAAGUUUAACCCAACAUUUAACCCAUGGUUAAUACCCUUGUUUAGUUCUUUUAAACACUCACUCACUCUUGUGUUCUUUCUCCAUAAUUUCUUCUCUGUCUCCCUCCCCCUCCAACCUCCUCCUUGUUUUGGUAAACCACUCUUGGUUACCAAUACACACACCUCUCUCUCUCUCAAAAGUCACAAAACACAAAAGUCCUAACCAUACCCAAAUCUCUCUCUUAUUCAUAAGCCCAUCUUCUUCAUCUUCACUAUCAAUGCAAGACUAAAUUAACACAAAUGAAAAGGUCACUUACUACAACUUCUUCUUGCUCUUCCUCCUCCUCCAUCACUUCUUCAUCAUCAUCAUCAUGUGUUGUUGGGUCUGAAAUUCAUGAUUCAGACCAACCCAAGUCAACCAAACGUCCUAGGAAGAAAAAUCAGAAUCAACACAAAUGCAAGAAUGACAAUUCCAGUCCUAAUUCAGGAAGCAAAAGAAGCUCCAUCUACAGAGGAGUCACCAGGCAUAGAUGGACAGGGAGGUUUGAGGCACAUCUCUGGGACAAAAGUUCAUGGAACAACAUUCAGAACAAGAAAGGAAAACAAGUUUAUCUGGGAGCAUAUGAUGAUGAACAGGCUGCUGCAAGAACUUAUGAUCUUGCUGCCCUGAAGUACUGGGGCCAAGACACAACCUUGAAUUUCCAGAUAGAGAAGUACAGUAAGGAGAUUGAAGAAAUGCAGAAAGUAUCAAAAGAAGAGUACUUGGCAUCGUUGAGGCGGUGCAGCAGUGGAUUCUCCAGAGGAGUUUCUAAGUAUCGUGGGGUGGCUAGGCAUCAUCACAAUGGGAGAUGGGAGGCUAGAAUCGGUCGAGUUUUUGGUAACAAGUAUCUCUAUCUUGGAACUUAUAAUACACAAGAGGAGGCAGCGGCAGCAUAUGAUAUGGCAGCAUUAGAGUACAGAGGAGCAAAUGCAGUGACCAAUUUUGACAUUACCAAUUACAUUGAAAAAUUGAAGGAGAAAGGCAUCCAUAUUGUUCUUGAUCAUUUACAAGAACCAAUUGCCAACUGCUCCUCUGUGUCCGAAGAAGCCGAAGCUGUAGUCGAACUACAGGUGCAGCAACAACAACAGGACCAACAAGAAUUAGCCUGUCAACAAUCACAAGCAGGAACUCAAGAUUAUCCAUCCAUGGAGGAUUCUGCAAUGGCACCUCUAAUGGACUCGGACGAACUCACUUGGGGCUUCUGUAUGGAACCGGGGUUCAACCCGCUACCGAUCCCCCAGUUUCCCCUCGAAACCCCAGGCGAGUUUGCCUGUUUGUUCAAUGAAAGUUUUGGUUUUGAGGACAACAUUCUUGACUUGAUAUUUGACAGGAAUGUUGAUGGUGAAGAGAGGUUGAACUCCUCACCAUCCUCUUCAACAACCUCAGUAUCUUGUAACUAUUCUGUCUGAAAAGAGUAGAGGGAGUUGGGAAUUGUUGGGUGGUCUUGUUUUGAGUUUCUGUUGGUUUCUGGGUGUCCCUUUGGCCUUUCUUUUCUUUUUCUUUUGCUUUCUGGUUCUGUCUCUGUUUUCUUUUCCUUUCUUCUGUUUAAAGCAAUGAGAAAAGGAGCAAAAGAUGGUGAGUGGGAAAAAA